AUGACUUAUAUCAUGAUUCCACCCAUCAUUCUGACAAUCCUCAUUUCAUCUGAGGUGAAUGCGAGCAUGAGCAUUGCAAACUCUGGUGUCAGGAGCAUUGGUAGAUUGGAUGCUGGGAUGAUCUUCUUCGUCGAAUUAGUGAACGAGGGGAAGCAGGAAAUUGCGGUGUCCAGUCGCAUGAUAGGCUGUUGCGAGAUUGUUACUAUUGAGGAUAUUGAGUGCGAGCACAUUCAGCUGAUCGGUGAAGUGGUUACAGUGGAGUCUCAAGGGAUCAAGAAUGUGACCCUCAUUUGGCCAACUCUAUAUCUUCACGAUAGACGAGGCGAGUGUGCAGUUAGUAUCUCCGUUGAGAGUGGUCAUGAUGUUGAGGAAACUCGGAGGAAAAUUCGGUUUAAUACCAUGGUGACGGGGAGCAAUCCCAAUGUUCUUGAAGAGUACUAUGAUGCUGUUGAUGUGAGACAAUGUUCAAGUCCCGAUCAGGACACAUUGGACGCGUGUCAUCCAGUGAACUGUCAGAUAAAGUACAAUGGCCAACGGAAUUAUUUCGAUCGUCAGCUACAGAGAUGUCAGUCAGUGCCAGUAUGUCUCGCAGACCCCAACAAGGAGCUCCCCGAUGUGGUGUAUGACGCUAUCAACAAUACUUGUCGCAAUAUGGAAAAUUUAGUGACUCAGGAGGAAAUACAGUCGUUGAGUGGAGGGGCGGCAGAAGUGGCUUGGCGAUCAGAAUCGAAGCCUAAAAUUAGAAACAUACUAUGUCAUCACGGGCAUAACGAUAAGCAAACUGGUCUAUGUAUCUGCGAUGAAGGAUGGACGUCCCAACCUCUCGGCAAUCUUGAGCCAAUCAAUGAAUAUAUACACAUGUGUAAUGUGUUUGUAUUGCCCUUUCCAGGGCUUGGAAAUAGUCCUAUUCACAUUCUGCUCAUAGUCAUUGCGGCAGUUCUGAUCGUGCUAAUCGUGGUAUUUUAUUGCAUAACCACACUUUUGAUGGGAGUAUUACCUGAAAAAGUAAAGAUAGAACGAUCACAGCAGACUGUCGGUUUGCCCUGCUUCGAUGGCCCGUCAAAGAGUUUGACGUCUUGCUGCUCCACAAGACCAGUGUCAAGAAAGCAAGGCAGUAAUGCCUCCAACAUAACGUACUCCAGACUUUCAAAUCGUUCCCUACAUUCCACGAAACCAUGA